AUGGGCACGAUGACCACGAGAUGCCCGCCCAAGGAACCCCUCGUGGUCAUCCUGGGCUCGACCGGUACCGGCAAGUCCGACCUCGCCGUCGAGCUCGCGACGCGCUUCCGCGGCGAGGUCAUCAACGCCGACGCCAUGCAGCUGUACCAAGGCCUCCCCGUCAUCACCAACAAGAUGACGACGGUCGAGCGACGCGGCAUCCCCCACCACCUCCUCGACCACAUCCCCCUCGACGAGCCGGCCUGGAUCGUCGGCGACUUCAAGCGCGAGGCCAACAAAGUCAUACGCGAGAUCCGCAGCAGGGGCAACCUCCCCAUCGUCGUCGGCGGCACGCACUACUACACCAACGCGCUGCUGUUCGAGGACAUUUUCGUCGGGCCCGACCACAAUGACGACGGAGAGGCUGCGGCCGCCGCCGACGAAGCCACUGCCUCCGACGCCGGCCGCUUCCCGAUCCUCGACGAGCCAACAGAGGUCAUCCUGGCCAAGCUGCGCGACGUCGACCCCGUCAUGGCCGACAAGUGGCAUCCCAACGACCGGCGCAAGAUCUCGCGCUCGCUGCAGAUCUACCUCAGCCACGGGCGGCCGGCGUCGGAGAUCUACGCCGAGCAGAAGCGCCGCAACGUCGCCGCCGCCGCCGCCGCCCAGACGGCGCCCCGCGGGCCCUGGGAGAAUCUCCUCUUCUGGGUCUACUCGGAGCCCGAGGUGCUCAAGCCGCGCCUCGACAGGCGCGUGGACAAGAUGCUGGACGUCGGCCUCAUGGACGAGGUGCUGCAGAUGCAGGACCACGUGCGGGCCAAGGAGGCGUCGGGCGAGGAGGUGGACUACACAAAGGGCAUCUGGCAGUCGAUCGGUUUUAAGGAGUUCCAGCCAUACCUCCUCGCCGCCGCCGCGACGCCCGCCGACCCAGAUGUCGAGAAGCGCAAGGCGCAGGGCCUCGAGGACAUGAAGGCGUCGACGCGGCGCUACGCCAAGUCGCAGGUCCGCUGGAUCACGACAAAGGUCGUGCCGCGCCUACAAGAGCAGCCCGGCGCCAUGGACAGCCUCUUCCUCCUCGACAGCACAGACGUGGCUCAGUGGGCCGCCAACGUUGCCGAGCCCGCCGCCGGCCAUCGGUGCAAACAGUUCCUCGGCGGGCGGAGCCCCCGCCUGAGCCGGUCGGGCCUGUCGCCGCCUGGGCCGGAAAGGUCCUCCGAGGCAGAAAACGCAGGGCGCACGCCGGGGUCAAAAAAAGGUGCCACCUUGUGCCAGGUCACCUGCACGACGGAACCAGGACUGGGAAGAAGCACAUGCGCAGCAGGGGCACCAUGGCCAUCCGCGCGAGAGACGAAGAGACGGGCCCUCCGUCGUGGUCCAAGCCGAAGCAAGCCGGGAAAGAGGCGAAGGUAG